UAUGCCCGAGUUGAUAAACAAAGAACAUUUACUAAAGCCAGGUGAACACAGCCGUGUCAGCUGCUGCAUGCGAGUCCCAUCCAGGAGAAACCCAAACUUGACAGCGGAGGGUAAUAUUCUGGGAAGCGAAUGAAGAAACACCUUUUGCUUCACUUCACAUAUAGAGGACUAGUGAGAAAAGGGAAAAAGAGUAAAAGAAGAAAAUGGCCCUUUUUAAUUUGCGUAAAGCGGAGCCAAAAGACGUGCCUGACAUAUUGCGACUCAUAAAGGAACUCGCGAAGUAUGAAGAAAUGGAAGACCAAGUUAUAUUAACUGAGAAAGAUCUGCUCGAGGACGGAUUCGGAGACCACCCGUUUUACCACUGCGUGGUCGCAGAUGUACCAACCGAGCAUCAGAAAGUCGAGGGUUAUUCUGUGAUCGGAUUUGCCAUGUACUACUUCACCUACGACCCUUGGAUUGGCAAACUUCUGUACCUUGAAGAUUUCUAUGUAAUGAAAGAGUACAGAGGUUUUGGAAUUGGGUCUGAAAUCCUGAAAACCCUCAGUGAUACAGCGGUGAAGAAUCGUUGCAGCAGCAUGCAUUUCAUCGUGGCUGAGUCCAACAAGGCAUCCAUCGACUUUUACAAGCGACGCGGGGCUUCCGAUCUCUCGCUGCAGGAGGGAUGGCGACUUUUCAGGAUCGAUAAGGAGAAUCUCCUGAAAAUGUCUGCUGAAGAGUGAGCUGGCCCGAAGUUCCAGCGCUCAAGGAGGGACUAGGGAUGGCUCACAGCCAUUUCUCAGUUUAAAUAAUAGUUUAAUCCUUACAUAAAAUAGUUUAAAUACUCUGUGGGUAUUAAUCAUAUUAAUACACAGCAAUGUACUCUGAGAUGUAGUUACAGUAGUGCUUGUUAUUUCAUAUUCUAUAGUUUGUAUAUCAGAUUAUCUAAUGAAUAGUACUUAAUUUUCAAUUUAAUGCAUUAAAAAUCUAAAAAAGGAAACGAAAAAGUGGUAUCUUGUAUUUGAUUAUAUGCAUAUGUUAACACCUUCAGGCUUUCUUCCCAGUCAUAGUGAUCAAAGGGUAAAAGCACAGACUACUAUCUGCAUUGUAUAGUGAAUGAACAUAUAACAGAUUGUAUAACUGUCUUGGAGAAUACUGUACUUUGCAGAAUGUCUCUUUAUGUCCAGGCUACAAUAGGUUUAUGUUACAUAGGGCUGACUCUUAUCAAUGUGGUUUGUGAAAUCAUAAGUGUGUGAAGAUUAUAAAAUCUUAUGCAAGUUUGAAAUUUGAUCUUUGUGUAGUGACACGUUAAAGUUGUAGAGAAUGCAAUGUCAAUCUGGUGUAGGAAAUACAACAGGAACCAUCGGUGAGA